CCUUAAAUGUAAAACCAUCCAAUAAUAUCUUUGAUGAUUAGAAAGUAGACUCCACAAUUGAUAAUCCAAUACUUAAUCUAUCAGUAAUUAACCUCUAAUAAGCAAAUUUCUGGUGUUGGAUUUGAGCAGCAAAAUUAAAGUGUAGAAAUGGAUGAUGAUUAUGUUCUAGAAACUCCUCUUGUGAAUGAUGAAGAAAUGAAUGUUUUGAACAGAAAAAUGAUAAUGAGGGAAAUAAAGAAGCAGUUGAAGUUAGCUGGGCCUUUAAUGGCAGUAAACUUUAUGUUGUUUUCAUUACAAGUAGUUUCUGUUAUGUUUGUUGGUCAUCUUGGUCAGCUUCCUCUCUCUGGUGCUUCUGUUGCCACUUCCUUUGCAUCUGUCACUGGUUUGAGCUUGCUGAAAGGAAUGGGAAAUGCACUAGACACAUUUUGUGGACAAUCCUAUGGAGCAAAGCAAUACUACAUGCUAGGAAUCCACAAGCAAAGAGCAAUGCUAGUUCUCAUCAUCAUGAGCAUCCCCCUUUCAUUUAUAUGGGCAAAUACAGGCCAAAUCCUUACAUUUUUAGGCCAAGAUCCUGAAAUCUCAGCCGAAGCAGGAACUUAUGCAUGUUACAUGAUCCCUACUAUAUUUGCAUAUGGUCUUCUUCAAUGUCACAUUGGAUUUCUUCAAGCACAAAAUAAUGUAUUACCCAUGAUGAUUACUACAGGAUUUACCACUCUUUUGCAUGUAAUUAUAUGCUGGUUUAUGGUGUUUAAGUCUGGAUUAGGCAACAAAGGUGCAGCAUUAUCAAAUGCUAUAUCAUAUUGGAUUAAUGUUUUGUUGUUAGCUAUUUAUGUGAGGGUUUCUCCUGCUUGUAAAGAGACUUGGACUGGUUUUUCUAAAGAGGCUUUUAAUGGCACUGCUGAGUUUCUUAGACUUGCUAUACCUUCUGCUCUUAUGUUGUGCUUGGAAGUGUGGACAUUUGAGAUGAUGGUUUUGUUAUCUGGUUUUCUUCCAAAUCCAAAGUUGGAAACAUCAGUUCUCUCAAUCAGUCUCAAUACAUGUUCAGCAAUAUACAUGCUACCAUUGGGACUAAGUGGUGCAAUAAGUACUAGGGUCUCUAAUGAACUCGGGGCAGGACGACCACAUUUAGCUCGAAUAUCAGUUCGUGUAUCGACAUUAAUGGUGAUGGUUGAGGGGGUUUUUGUGGCGUGGUUGUUGGUUCUAGGGCGUAAUGCGUGGGGCUAUUGUUAUAGCACAGAAGAUGAGGUUGUUGAAUAUGUUGCACAAAUGAUGUUGCUUCUUGCCUUUUCACAUGUUGUUGAUGGCAUUCAAUCUGUGCUAUCAGGCACAGCUAGAGGGUGCGGAUGGCAAAAAAUAGCAGCAUUGAUCAAUUUAGGGGCUUAUUACAUUGUAGGCGUUCCAUCUGCCGUAUUGCUUGCAUUUGUGUUUAAGUUAGGAGGCAAGGGAUUAUGGACAGGAAUUAUUAUGGCCUUAUUGGUGCAAUCAUUCUUGCUUCUACUCAUAACAUUACAUACCAAUUGGGACAAAGAGGUGAAGAAGGCCAAAGAUAGGUUGUCUAUUGUGAUGGUUGAUGAGGAGUAAUUGACUAAUUAUAUGUUGAGGAAUAUGAAACCGUGUUAGCAUAUAUUUUGGCGUCUGUGUUGUCUCAAAUUCAAAGCGAUAUAGAUAACAUUGAAUUUGUGUUAACUAUUUUUUUCAAUUUAAUUAUGUAAUAAACACUUUUAAAAACAACUUUUUCGUUAUUAAUAGGUGUUAGAUGAAUUGUAACUUGAGUUAAAGUUUGACUCAUUGUAGGGAUUUUGACCAUUGGUGUUUUUUGUGACAUGUAUAAACAAUUGCAAGAACAAAGCAUUUGAACCUU